AAGAGUACAAGGGGAAAACUUUGGUAAUUCAUGUUGUAGUGUUUACAUUUUGAUGCUACUUGGCUGUAUUUUUCAAUUUUGUUGCAAGUGUUGAAGUGCAUAAUGUGCGCAAAUUUAAGCUAGCCAUGAAGUCGGAAAAGUUUGUUAUUUUUCAAUUUGUGUGAUUAAAAAAAUUGUUUCGGUUAACAGAUCAUGUUUCUCGUUGUGUACAAAGUAUCAAUGAAUUGUAGUUUAGAUAACAACUCUCGUAUGAUUAAUACUUGCAUCGAAAGUAUAUGCGUUGAAUCGUGAAUAAUCUGUGUCGUUUUUGUUCUAAGUUUCCUUCAUUUGUAAUUUGUUCGCUUAGUCAUAACCAUCUGAUAAUAAUUAAUGCCAACUCAGAAACACUCGAUUAGUGUAAAGCAUUCGUUCGACUUGAUCAGUAACAUGGAGCCGGAAAACGUUUUACCCCGUGGAAUGUAUAGCCGAUGUGAGAAAAGUGCAAACAGUCGAAAUGGUAAUCCAUUAAUAGAAGAAAUGUGCUCAGCCCAAAAUUCUGAAUUCGAUAAGCCCGAAGAAUCUCCAAGGAUGACUACUUCUCAGUGGCUUACGGUUUUAAUUCUGUGUUUCGUGAAUUUAAUCAACUACAUGGAUCGUUAUACGAUAGCGGGAAUUUUAACGGAUGUGAAAAAGUACUACGUUAUAAACGACGAUAAAGCUGGAUUAUUACAAACUGCAUUCGUUAUUAGCUACAUGCUAUUCGCACCUAUUUUUGGAUACCUAGGAGAUCGUUAUAACAGAAAGAAUAUUAUGGCCUUCGGUGUAUUCCUGUGGUCAUUAACAACGAUGGCUGGAUCUUUUAUGGAAACAUACUAUCCAUUUUUAUUCUUCCGAAUGCUGGUGGGUAUCGGCGAAGCGAGUUAUUCGACGGUGGCACCUACCAUUAUAAGUGAUAUGUUCGCUAAAAACUUACGCUCGAAAAUGUUGGCUGCAUUUUACUUCGCCAUACCUGUAGGCAGCGGGUUUGGCUACAUCGUUGGUUCCAAAACAGCCGAAAUACUCAACUGUUGGCAAUGGGGUCUGAGAGUUACCCCUUUUGCCGGUAUUGUCGCCGUGCUAUUGAUAUUAUUCGUCAUGGAAGAACCAACCAGAGGGUUCAGCGAGGGUCGAUCUCAUUUGCAAGCUACUUCCUGGACCAGCGAUAUCAAAAUUUUAAUGCACAAUCGAAGUUUCAUGCUAUCCACCGCAGGGUUCACCUGUGUAGCAUUUGUGACCGGAGCGCUGGCAUGGUGGGGUCCAACUUUCAUCCACGCAGGCUUAAGAUUACAAUCUGGACACGCAGAGGCUGACUUAAAUACAAUUUCUUUGAUAUUUGGCGUUGUAACUGUAAUUUCUGGAAUAACUGGAGUAUUAGCCGGAGUGUACGCUUCCAAUUGGUUGCGUCCUGUGUGGCCCAAUGUUGAUCCGCUUAUAUGCGGCGGUGGGUUAACUCUAAGCGCUGUGUUCAUGGUGUUUGUUAUAAUUUUCGCUUCAAAAAGUUAUUUUCUUACAUGGUUACUGAUUUUUUUGACCGAAAUUACAUUGAGUUUAAACUGGUCUGUGUCCAAUGAUAUUACUUUGUAUGUCGUUGAACCGACUAGAAGGUCAACAGCAGAGGCUUUCCAAAUUCUGGUAUCUCACGCUUUCGGUGACGCCGGCAGUCCUUAUCUAAUUGGAGUGUUAUCGGAAUUCUUCAAAGCAUUUCUUAAAAAUGGAGCUGUAUUAGCAGUAUUUGCGUCAACCGAUAUCACCAUUGAACCUUCUCACGUGGAUGGUCUAUCACCGCAGAUCGAAUUCCGGAGUUUACAAUACGCUUUGUUUACAACCAGUUUUGUCGAAGUACUCGGCGGAGUGUUCUUCCUACUGACAGCGAUGUACGUCGUAGAAGAUAAACAAGCGGCGGAAAGGCAAUUACAAGGAGUACGAGAUUUUUCGAGUCUGAAUUUAUCUUACGAACUUAUGGUUAAAAAUGGUAUGGAAAAGUCGGCAGUUGUAGGUUUAGAUUUGUUUGGUAGAAGGGGUAUUUUGAUGAGUAGCAACAUAGCAAGCGAGGCGAAGACAAUCCAGUAGCCAGUAGUGAUUUAUAUUCGGAUAUAUCGGAUGUAGAUGCGGCCAAACAUACUUGAAGAGAUUUUUGAUAAGAAAUAAGAAGAUUAAAAGACUGCCACGGCCAAGAAUCCAAGAGUAUUUUGCAUUUACUCGUCAAUUUUACUUGAUAAAAAGUAUAUUGCGUUGGCCUACUCGGUUCGUAAUAGUGAAUAAGUUGAAAAAAAUGGGUGUUUUAAUUCGAUUUAUUAUGUAUUUAAGUUCCUACGUGAUAUGUUUUAUAUAUUUUUUUUACAUUUUUUUGCAACAUAUUCACGUACUUAAAAAAAAUGCAAAUAUUGUAUUUAAUCUAUCAAUGCAACGAAAGUCGACUAUGAAAAUAUGAGAGAGAGAUUUUUAGUACGGGUAGUAUCGGUUAGAAUGUUUUUCAAAGUAAUUUUAAGCGAAAAGCGAAGCUACGCGUCCGGCGUCUUCGUAUGUUUUUAAUAAUAAUUCAUCGUGUAACGAAUGUGAAAAUUCCUAUUCCAAAUUUUAAUUAUACGUAGAUCUGAAUAUUAGAAGAACGGUCGAACGGUUAUUGCCGUCCAUUAAUAUCGAAGUUCCUGAAUUAGAAAAAUCAGUUGAAAUUCAAUGGAAUUUAUUUUCCGGGUUGAUCCCGCGUAUUUUACUUAUUGAAUUGCGUUUUUGCAAAGAAAGCUGCUUCCUGUUACCUAUUUUAUUGUAGAGGUGUGUGUUGCUAGUAUUUAAUGUUCCUUGAAGUAAAUGAUUACAAGUGAAGUAGGGUAGGUAAUUGCGUACUUUGAGAAUUGGUAGUCAAAAUUUCACGUGUAGCGGAUUAUUGUUGGAAAGACGUGAUGAGUCGUAUAUUUUUAAGCUUGUUGUUUAUUGUUGUUGUAUUUAUUGAAUAGAUCCUUAUAUUAUUUUUAUUUACCUAAUUUGAUCGCAAAUAUCGUAUUGCAAUUUAAAUUAGGUACGUAUUUAUCGCACUUAUGUUCCGAAUUGAGAUUUUAAAAAUGAUACUACAAAAGGAGUUUGUGAAUUAUUGUGUGCGAGAUUAACUUUUUUUUUUUAUAUGUGAUGUAUUCGUAACUUUGGUACAAAAAUUAUUCAAUGAAGGUUUCCAUAAUCAAAUUUUUAUGCCAUAUUGUCUCGUGUAUGUUUGUGACUAUGUAUUUGUGUGUGAUGAGCGUUCAUAACACAAUGCGAAUGCAUUGUACCAAAGCAUUUACCUACUUGUAAUUCCAUACGGUUUAUUAUUUUUUAAGAAAACAAAAUAUCGUAAUGUUUUCAAAUUUCAUACCUCGUGUUUUUGUUUGUUUGUUUUUUUUUUAAAUUUUUAUCAUCUACUUAUAUCUCAUAUUAUUUAUUCGAUGUUACAGUAAGUUGUGACAAAUAUCUAUGUGAAAGUAUUCUAUGUAAUUAUUUCAUCUCGUAUAGUGAAGUUUUGAAGUUUCCGGUUGAAUAAAAAUGGUUGAUUUGAAUAA